AAAUAAACCCACUUUAAGAAUCUUUCCCUCUUGGUCCUGGUUCUGUAUGGUCUUAACUACGCUGUUGACUUACUCACUUCAUAAUUUCAAAACGUAAUUCUUGUUUCCAAUCCUAGUUAUAUUAUCUGAAACUCCUAGUUUUGUUGAUAAUCGUUAAGAAACUCAUGGAGUUGCCAAUCUCUAGAUAUGUAUCGUAGUCCACAGGAUAUGUAAUGAAUCUCUACAUCCCCAAGAUUAUGAGGUAAUAUUAACAUCAAUAAGCAAGAAUGCCUAUUUACACAAUAUUCAGCGAAAUCUAUAAAGUAAGACGUCAAGACAUGAUCCACCCAUUGAACUAUUACGAAACAUUCAAUAAAUUCUUUACUAGAUAAAUUAAACCCAGAAAAAUAGAAUGUGGAAUGGUCAGUCCUGCUGAUUCAAAGAUCUUAUCCAUAAGCAAAGUCACAAAGAAUGAAUGUUUGUUAGUUAAAAGGGUUACAUAUCAAAUUGGAUAAUUUUUAACAGGCAUCAAGGGAUAUGAAAUGGAAUUCAAAAAAAAAUAGGAUUCAUCAAAUCUAUGGUCUUGUAUCUUUUACCUUGCUCCUGGAGACUACCAUCGCUACCAUUGUCCUGUAGAUUUCAUUGCAAGAAGUAGGUUGCACAUUCCAGGGAAAUUAGCACCUGUUAAGGAAAGCAGUCUUAGAUAAGUAUUGCUAUUUUUUACUUAAAUAGGGAUUAUAUGAAGGGAAUGAAAGAGUGGUUCUUGAAGGAGAGUGGGAAUAAGGAUUGAUGUACAUUAUAUUCAUUGGGGCAACUAAUGUUGGUUCAAUGAAGGUUAAUUUCGAUUCAGAUUUGAUUACUAAUACUAACACAUAACAUAAAAGUGGAUACAGAAAUUACUCUAAUCUUCCAGUUAAUGCUCCAUAUUAAUCAUGCGAAAAAGGAGUGCAAAUUAAGAAAGGAUAGGAGAUUGGAAGAUUUGAAAUGGGUACAAUUUAUACUCAUUAAGUAUAGGAUCCACAGUUGUAAUGAUUUUUGAAAGUACAUCUAUAGAUUGGAAUGUGAAGGCUCAACAAAAGGUUUAUUUUGGACAAUCUGUUGCUACUUAUUGA